CCUCCGGCGCUCCCAGGCUUCUGCGCCUGCGCACGGCAGUCCACCCCGCCCCUCACCCGGUAGCCGCGCGGGCCAGGUCUGGACAUGGUGCUCUCUGAGCUGGCCGUGCGCCUCAACUGCGCCGAGUAUAAGAACUGGGUGAAAGCGGGCCACUGUCUUUUGCUGCUGCGCGGCUGUUUGCAGGGCUUCGUCGGCCGCGAGGUGCUCGCCUUCCACAGCAGCCUGCUCGCCGCCGCCCCCGGCCUGGGUCCCCGCGCCGCCUGCAGCAGCGGCUCGCGGUGCAGCCCUCGCGCCCGCCAGUUUCAGCCUCAGUGUCAGGUGUGCGCAGAGUGGAAACGGGAGAUUUUGAAACAUCACACCAACAGAAAUGGAGACGUCCACUGGGGAAACUGUCGGCCGGCCCUGUGGCCGGUCGAUGCCUGGGAGGUGGCCAAGGCCUUCAUGCCCCGAGGACUGGCAGACAAAACGGGACCUGAGGAAUGUGACGCAGUUGCUCUUCUGAAUCUCAUCAAUUCCUGCGAUCACUUCGUGGUUGAUCGAAGAAAAGUCACAGAGGUGAUUAAGUGUCGUAACGAGAUCAUGCAUUCUUCAGAGAUGAAAGUAUCUUCUGUAUGGCUACGAGAUUUUCAGAUGAAGAUCCAAAAUUUUCUAAAUGAAUUCAAGAAUAUCCCAGAGAUUGUGGCAGUAUACUCCCAAAUAGAACAGCUGUUGACAUCUGACUGGGCUGUUUACAUCCCUGAGGAAGAUCAGCGAGAUGGGUGUGACAAAGGAGUUUACCUGAGUGAGAGCCAAGUAAACGAGAUAGAAAUGGAAUUACUAAAGGAAAAACUUCAAGAGCUCUAUCUUCAAGUAAAAGAACAAGAGGUGUUGCCUGAAGAGAUCUUAAACCAACUGGAAGUGGUGAAAGAAUUUCUAAGAAACAAUGAGGAUCUUAGAAAUGGUCUGACAGAAGAUAUGCAGAAGCUGGACAGCCUCCGUCAACAGCAUCUAAAACCAGAUUCAAAGGAACCUGGGGUACAGACACCUGAAGGGAAGGCCUGAGGUCGACCUUCCACAAAGAUCAGGCGUGUUCUGUGAAAGUUGCCCAGGCUUCCAUCUCAGGCAUCUUUUCUGGGCAAAAGGAAAAACUCUCCUGAGUACUCCACUCAAACAAAAAGGGAUUUGUAUUGUCUUCUCCUGGACUUCCUUUGACUCUUUGGGAGUAUUAUUUUUUUUUAACAUUCACAAGCUUGGUGGUGUUAUCUGUACCAACCAAAAAAUAUUAGAUACUCUUGUACCAAACUUGGUAUCAUCCAGGGUUUUUUUUUUGGUUGUGGUUUGUUUUUCAGGUUUUGUUUUUCGUUUUGUGUUGCUCUUUAAAAGGUGACAUUCUUUUCUGCUCCUAAAACUCUAACUGCUUCAACAGUAACUAGGCUUGUGUUCAGCCAGGCCUGUUGUGAAGGGCCACGCCGAGUUCUCUGCCCAUUGGCACACACACCCUUGCCUCAAAGUCUCAAUUGUGAGGAUGCCCACAGGUGGGCUGUGAUGUAUUGAUGUUGAGAUAGAAAUCCUUCCUUCUUGCCAGCAUUUCCAGUUAGUACAGAACUGUGAGUUCCCCUUUCUGGUAGCCUGAGACGGUAAGACAGAGAGCUGGGCUGAGAACACAGUAACUUGACUGACAGCAUAGGGGGAGGGCCCAGGCUGGUAUCACAGCUCUUUCUGUUCAGUUAUUCCAAGUGCUGAGUGCAGGGUGUGGUCCGUGUGUGCUUGAUGAAUAUUCCUUAACUAAAGGGUCAGCUGAUAGUGUAGAGGUAUUCAUAGAUAUAAAUAUUCAUUACAUUGUUAACCAAGAUGGGUCCUUUGUUAUGAGGUUUAAGAAGGAAAUUUGAACAUUCUUAUGGAAGUUCAAAGACAUCAUUUUCUUUCAACAACUUCACAGAUUCACUCUGUUCCUCUUACCCCAAAAGUCAUCCACUUUCAGCUUUGUCCUAUUUGUUUCUUGAACUGCAAACCCCUGUCCUGUUGUGUGCAGUAGUCUGUGGGAUUAGCCUUACCCUCACCUUCCCCCACGUCUGCUCAUCUCCAAAGCCAGUGGGCUUCCCUUGUAGCUCGGCUGGUAAAGAAUCUGCCUGCAAUGCAGGAGACCCGGGUUUGAUUCCUGGAUUGGGAAGAUCCCCUGGAGAAGGGAUAGGCUACCCACUGUAAUAUUCUUGGGCUUCCCUAGUAGCUCAGAUGGUAAAGAAUCCACCUGCAGUGCGGAAGACUUGGGUUUGAUCCCUGGGUUGGGAAGAUCCCCUGUAGGAGGAAAUGGCAACCCACUCCAGUAUUCUUGCCUAGAGAAUCCCCAUGGAAAGAGGAGCCUGGUGGGCUAUAGUCCAUGGGGUCACAAAGAGUUGGAGAUGGCUGAGUGCCUAAGCACAAAAGCACAGCGGUGCUGAGCUAGGCCAUGUUGCCCCUGGAUCUUCAGGGACAGACUUGCCACAUUCCCCACUGCCUGGAGAAAGCGCUUCCAGUCCGAGCCCAAGUGAAGCCCUGCUCCUUUGCUUACUCAGCUGCCCAUCAAGGAUGCGAUUUUUAGGGAAUGGGGGUGGGGGAUAUAUUUGGUGUAUUUUUACAUUAAAAUGCAUUGAAUGUAAUUGUGUAAAACCUGGAUGAAUGCACAUAUGCCUGUAACCUCCUGCUUUCAUCUUUCAUGCUACUAUUUGGUCUUUAAUCUUGCUUUUUCUUUCUCCCUUCAUUUCAUGGAAUACCUUUAGAAGACUUCAGUAAUACAGUGGCAAUUUUCUUUCAUCUUGGAACCCCCCCCCAACCAAACGAAGAAACUUCAUGAAAUGUUUCAUAGUUUCUAGAUAUAAAGUAACAAAACUUGGGAUCAAAUCAAAUAUUGAUUCACUAACCAAUUUAAGAUCUGGUUUCUCGCCUUAGGAACUUUGGGUUAUGAAUACUUUCAUUUCAUUCCUCUUGUAUCUAUCUAGUUUUUCCUUAUCUACCAAACAAACAUUUAUCAAGUGUCAGCCACAUGUCAGGCACUGAAGUAGAUGCAAAAGUGAAGAUUUGUACAGUAUGGACAAUGGUAUGCGAGCUCUCAUCUUACUGGAUUUAUUGUCUGCUCUGAUGAAUUAAAUGAAUUCAGGGAAUUCCCUGGUGGUCCAGUGGUUAGGACUCAGUACUUUCACUGCAUGAGCCCCAGGUUCAAUCCCUGGUGUGAGGGACUAAGAUCCUGUGACCCACGAGGUGUGGCCAGCAUUUAGUAUAAGAAGACACGUCCAGAGGGGGCUUUAAAGCACACUGUGUGUACAGGAACAUCAACCUUCUGGAUCUCUGUGCGCGGGCACAGAGCGUGCACAGAAGGGUGUUCACAGCAGUCUUGGCAGGCGGCCAUGGAGAGAGGACCGGUUAAAUAAUCACAGCACAUCCAUGUUGCUGAGAAUUGCACGACUGUUAAAAAAGGAGGAGGUAAGGCUGCCAUGCUUUGCUAGGAAAUGAUGUCUGAGACAUACAGAUGGAAAAGCAGAAUGUAUAACGAUGCAUAGCAUGCUAUAAAACUGUGGCGCUUUCA